GUUUGCGACAACGAACUUGAAGUUGUACCUUUAAAUACAUGACCAUCUUCUGUAAUAAUUAUUUCGAAUUAUCAUCUCCAAGAUGUCCCAUAGUAAACGAAACACGUCGCGCGCCGUCUUCACCUCUCAUGAACGGGACCUCGCUAAACGAGCAUGGAGCUCGACGACGGCUCGACUCUCUCGCGAGAGCUUUCUCCCCUUCUCUUCCUGCGGCCUGUGUCUCGAGAUAGCUAGAGAUCCUGUGUCGUGCGUGCACGGCGAUAUCUUCUGCCGCGAAUGCGCCUUAAGCAACAUCCUGGCCCAGAAAAAAGAGAUCAAGCGCCUCGAGAAGGUCCGCGAGCAAGAGGAGCGCGAUACCCUAGAAGAGAAGGCCCGUCUGGAAGAAGAAGCCCGCGAGCGCGCUAUCCGCGAAUUCGAGAUGACACAGAUUGGUCUGGAUGCGAAAGCGAGGAGUAGCAGUGCUCAGAAAGACUACAACGCUGCCCGGAAAGGGUCGACCGAUAGUCACGAUCAAAGCAAUACACCAAUAGCAGGAGAGGAGACAUCUAAUAAUAACAAUGGGAAGAAGCGCAAGUUCGAAAUAGACGCAGAGGAACUAGUGCGGAUAGCACAGGAAGACAGGGCAAAAGCACGGAAAGCAAUCGACGAAGAGAAAGCAGCAAAACCCGCAUUACCAUCAUUUUGGACACCCUCGGUAACGCCGUCUUCCAAUACGAAAGACGCGCUCCACGACGUGGCUAAGAAGCCGAAGACCACGCCGAUAUGUCCGGCGUCAAAAGAAGAUAGCCCGCAUACGUACUCGCUGCACACGCUUGUGACGGUAAACUUCACCGAAGAGGAGGAAGAGGAAGGCGGUGAGAGCGGCAAGACGACGAAGAAGAAGCGCAUACGCGUGUGCCCCUCGUGCAAGAAGGGGCUUAACAACGCCUCGAAAGCGAUGCUCGCGAAGCCCUGCGGGCACGUCCUGUGCCGGAACUGCGUCGACAAGUUCAUGCGGCCGUCGCGGCACCACGAUCCUCACGCGUCGGCGGAAGGUUCCGGGGGCUUGCGGUGCUACGUCUGCGAGGCGGAUCUUACGGAUAAGAAGAAUAAGAGCAAAAACGAGGGCGGCGAGAAGGGCGAGAAGGGCAAGAAGAAAGAUAAGGAGAAGAUACGGCCGGGACUGGUUGAUCUGAGGAGCGAAGGCACGGGGUUUUCGGCUGGAGGCGUAAACCAGGUGCAGAAGUCCGGCGUGGCGUUUCAAUGCUAAGGCAUGCUUACCUACCUACUUAACUUGCCGCAACUGUAGAACGAUUUACCCCUAAUAAUCUGUGAUAUCACGAGAGGAACCCUAGAGCUAGAUAUAAC